AUGGCCAAGACAUAUCGUAUUGCUACUAUUCCUGCCGACGGAAUCGGUCCGGAGGUGAUUGACGCUGGUGUUAUUGUCCUCAAGGCCCUGGCAGACAAACUCCAAUCAUUCUCCCUCGACUUCACACACCUUGACUGGAGCUCCGAGACCUUCAAGGCGACCGGCAAGUAUAUUCCCGACGGCGGACUGGAAGUGCUGAAAAAGAACGAUGCUAUUUUAUUUGGAGCUGUUGGUGCGCCAGACGUCCCCGAUCAUAUCUCCCUCUGGGGUCUCCGACUCGCCAUCUGCCAGCCCUUUCAACAAUACGCCAACGUUCGGCCCACCCGCGUCCUCCGCGGUACACAGUCUCCGCUGCGCAAGUGCAACACCGGAGACCUUGACUGGGUGAUUGUGCGUGAGAAUAGUGAGGGCGAGUACGCUGGCCAAGGUGGUCGCUCACACCGCGGACACCCGUGGGAGGUUGCGACAGAGGUGGCCAUUUUCUCGCGCCAGGGUGUAGAGCGCAUCAUGCGCUUCGCGUUUGAGACUGCGGCCAAGAGGCCAAGGAAGCUGUUGACCGUUGUGACGAAGAGCAAUGCCCAGCGGAACGGCAUGGUGCUGUGGGAUGAGGUUGCGAACAUUGUUGCCAAGGACUUCCCUGAAGUCACCAUGGACAAGAUGCUUGUUGAUGCGAUGACCACGCGGAUGGUGCUUAAGCCUGAGAGUUUGGAUACCAUUGUUGCUAGCAACCUGCAUGCCGACAUCCUUUCUGAUCUCGCCGCUGCCCUUGCGGGUUCUAUUGGCAUCGCACCCACGUCGAACCUCGACCCAACCCGUCAGAACCCUUCCAUGUUCGAGCCCAUCCACGGAUCCGCCUUCGACAUCACGGGCAAGGGCAUUGCUAACCCCGUCGCUACAUUCUGGACUGCAGCCGAGAUGCUGGAGUGGCUCGGCGAGAAAGACGCCGCCGACAAGCUGAUGCAGUGUGUUGAAAGUGUCUGCGAAUCUGGUAUCCUGACCGCGGAUCUAGGCGGCACGGCCACCACGAAAGAAGUGACCUCCGCUGUUGUCGAGGAGAUCAACCGUCUGAAUUAG